AUGCCUGCUUCGCUGCCCAUUCUCGAUGCACUCUACGCCAAAGUGUUCUUUGCCGGACGUGAUCUCCUCGCAUUUGGCUUCAAGUUCCUCCACCCGGAGAACGUUGUCUCGCACAUGAUUCGAAUGUUUGCAAUGGGCAAUUUGUUCGCCACCGCAGGCAAUGAGGAAUCAAUUGCUAUUUGCAAAAAGCUACUAAAGGUGAUUCUUAUCACCGAUCCUAGUCUUCGGAAGCAACUUCUCAUCAAGAAGGCGCUGCUCGACCGUGCCGUCGAAGGCAUGGGCCACCAUGGUCUCGUUGGCACCUCAAAUGAUUCCCUAAUGAAUCUUCAUGAAGCAUUAAAAAUCGAGUUUGAAAGAGUGAUUCAGCAGUACAAGGGCGCUAUUGCGAAGAUUGACGAACUAUCGCUAGCACGGAACAACAAAGACGGCGGCCCCAUAACGCGUUCGCUUUCGCAAGGACCAGCGCCGACAUUCAGCUCACACCAACGACUGCUGUCGCUGAAGCAGGAGGAGAUACAGGACCGUCUAAACAAGAAUCGAUCUCUCCUGUGCGCCCUGGAGCCCUGCUUUCGAACAAAUCACUCGCUGCAAAUACUGCUGGCCAUACUGCAGAAGCGCAUUGACUACGACAAGGAAACACUCUUUCAGUUUGGUCAGCUGCGCAAGGAGUACGUGUCCACCUGCAGUGGGGCAUCCUCCACCGACCCCAGCGCCUCCUUUAACCCACCCAGCCGUCACAAGCUGGCCAUCCAGCUGAACAACAGUCCCUUCGAGCGGGACACCGUCGUUGCCCCCGUCUUAAUGCGUUUCUCACAUGGAUGUGCCCAGACGCACCACAAACUGGUUGGCGUUUUCCAUCAUAUUGAUAAUCAUUUCUCCCUGUUGUGUCUUUCACUUUAUCCAGAAUCACAUGCAGAUCGACAGGCAGCGGCAGCGGCCGCAAAUGUCGCCAUCAUGACUGGUCGUGCCGACGGAACCACCCUGCUCGAUGGCGAAGUGAGCGUCAACUGUGGCAAUCGUCUCAGCAUGUGUGAGCCGCCCCCAGCGGAGAACCGAGUGACUGGUGCCGAGAACGGUGGGCCGACUACCAUUUGCCGCAUCAGCGUCGACGGAAAGGCGAGUGUUCAGGAGGAGAGCGAAGAGGUGUACUUUCUCCGGUGUGAGCUGGCUCAAGCAAGUGCCCGAAUUGAACAGCUGGAAAACAGUCGAGCCAAACUGCAGGAGAAGCUGACCUCACAGUCGCAGCGACUGCUGUCGCUGGGCAUCGGCACUGGUCAUCGGUUUGAGGGCUCCAAUCUGGACGAAAGCAAUCGCCUGAAUGGACUCAUUCGCCGAUAUGAGCAUCUCUACUCACAAGGUAAUCACAGAGUGAACUGA